AUGGCCGCUCCGCCACGGCUCGUCCCGGGAUCCUCCCUGCGCGGCUCCGCCUCCGCCGGGAACCCGGAUCGGGGCGGCGGAGCCGGCACCGCCCGGCACGGCCGGGAUCGGGAGCAGCGCUUGCGGCGCCGUCCGGCGCCAUCGGGGUCGGCUCUCCCGGCACUGCCCGGUACGGCUGAGAUCGUGAUCGGAGUCUCUGGCCUGAUAUGGGUGACCCCUCUCUCCCUUGCCUUGCAGACGGACCAGCAGGCAGAAGCCCGUGCCUUCCUCAGCGAGGAGAUGAUUGCGGAGUUCAAAGCCGCCUUCGACAUGUUUGAUGCUGAUGGUGGUGGAGACAUCAGCACCAAGGAGCUGGGGACGGUGAUGAGAAUGCUGGGCCAGAACCCCACCAAAGAGGAGUUGGAUGCCAUCAUUGAGGAGGUGGACGAGGACGGCAGCGGCACCAUCGACUUCGAGGAGUUCCUGGUCAUGAUGGUGCGCCAGAUGAAAGAGGAUGCCAAAGGCAAGUCUGAGGAGGAGCUGGCCAACUGCUUCCGCAUCUUCGACCGGAAUGCAGAUGGGUUCAUUGACAUUGAGGAGCUGGGUGAGAUCCUGAGGGCCACUGGGGAGCCUGUCACUGAUGAGGACAUAGAGGACAUGAUGAAGGACUCAGACAAGAACAACGAUGGCCGCAUCGACUUUGAUGAGUUCCUGAAGAUGAUGGAGGGUGUGCAGUAA